GUACUGUGCCGUAGUGCUCGCCCCACCGGCAGGCUCCAUGCAGUGGAUGGAUGCUUGCGCAACCACACCCGGGUUCCCUCUUUUACUUGACACAAACGCCUGGCCGAGACGGUUCAAUCCUCCUUCAUGCCUCACUCCCGCUUCUUUGGUUCCAUGAUCCUCCCUAUGGACUCGCCAUCGCAUCUACGCCUCGUCGUUGCGCCUGCCACCCCCCUCUCGCCAUCGAACCGUCUGCCGCGCUUCACGACAGCAUCGCCGUCCUCGUAAUCCGCAGGCCCUCGUCGCGCUCAUCGGUUGAAUCCUCCGUCGGCCGCCUCCCGCUUACCAGCAUCCACCCUGUCGCUCGUUUACAUUGUUUUUUAUCGUCCUUUUUGGGACGAACAAGGCGCCCGCGCUCCCAGAAUCCCACCCAUGCCAAGCCUCGAUACCGCCGUCUCGUCCCCAUUCCGACGUGCAUUGACGCAUAUUCCGACGACCCACGCACCCUCCCGCGUCGGCUCUCCCGCCUUCGCUCUCGGCGCCGACGACGCCCGCCAUGGAGAAAUUCCCCGAUCACGUCGACGCGCACUACAUGGUCAAUGGCGCCGCACACAGCCCGAAUAACCAGCGGUCGUCGCCUGUCGCUUACCCUCAGCCCAACGGCGGCGCGACGCUGUCGGAUCGCUGGCAGCCCGCCAGCGGCAGAAGAGAGAAUGGCCACGCCCAUGGCUGGCCCUCGAGCGCUGCUCGCGGACACGGCCGCCAGAAGAGUCUGAGCGAUGCCUUCCGCACCAUACGCGCGAGAAAUGGCAGCAUGAGCCAGAAUGCCCACGAGAUUGCCGACGCCUUGCGCGCCCCCGUCUCCCCAAAGCUCGUCAUACUUUGCCUGUCAUGGUAUGCGUCAUCGGCUCUGACCAACACGUCCUCGAAAUCGAUCCUGAUGGCCUUCGACAAGCCGGCGACCCUGACCAUAAUUCAGUUUGCUUUCGUCUCCUCGCUGUGCAUGUUUCUCGCCUGGCUCGCCACGAUAUUCCCCGAACUGCGCAAUAAGAUUGCCGUCCUAAGGCACCCCAUCCGCAAGCCGAGCAAAGACGUCAUCCUCAACACACUCCCACUGGCCGCUUUCCAGAUUGGUGGCCAUUUACUAAGCUCGACCGCCACGGCCAAGAUCCCUGUGUCUCUUGUGCACACGAUCAAGGGCCUGUCCCCCUUGUUCACCGUCCUGGCUUAUAGGAUAUUCUACGACAUCCGGUACCCCCAAGCAACCUACCUCUCUCUUAUACCACUGACCGUCGGUGUUAUGCUCGCCUGCUCCGGUAAACACAGCUACGACGGUCAAUUGACGGGCGUCCUGCAGGCGCUGCUGGCAACGCUCAUCUUCGUCACGCAAAACAUCGUCUCCAAGAAGAUCUUCAACGAGGCAGCAAAAGCCGAGGCCGAGGCCCCCGGCGUGCGAUCCAAGAAGCUGGACAAGCUGAACCUUUUGUGCUACUCGUCUGGCAUGGCCUUUCUCGUGACCUUGCCCAUCUGGUUUUGGUCCGAGGGCAUCACCCUACUGGGCGACUUCCUCAGCGACGGUGCAGUGGACCUGAGCAACAACCCCCUUGCUAUGGACCACGGCCGGUUAACCCUGGAGUUCAUCUUCAACGGUGUCUUCCACUUCAGCCAGAACAUGCUGGCUUUCAUCCUCUUGUCCAUGGUGUCGCCCGUCACUUACUCGGUUGCAAGCUUGAUCAAGCGCGUCUUCGUCAUUGUCAUGGCCAUCCUCUGGUUCAGGAGCCCCACGACGCCCGUGCAGGCGGCGGGCAUUGCGCUGACCUUUCUCGGUCUCUACCUCUAUGACCGGACGAGCGAGAGCAACAAGGCCGACCGCAAGGCGCGCAUGAUGACGCAGUCCCGCACGGGCACGCCCUUGCUCCCCCUCAGCGAGGACGUCUCCGGCGCCAGCAGCCCCCAGGGUGGCUCUAGCGCGCACCCGUACACCGAGGGAUACCGCGGAGCUAUCACGGCGAGUGAGGACUCCAAGAAGGCCGACGACAACUUUGGACGCGGUCGUUCAGGCCGUGUCAACGCUGGCUGGGCCCAGCGGUAGUGAAAACUUAUAACUCGACUAGCUGUCAUGUCAUGGGUCGAAGGAGGGGGAGGACCGAGUCGUCCUUGGAUCCCUUGUUGCGUUUACUUUUCCUCAUUUCCAUCUUACCGAGGCGCGAUUGACGAAGACGCUGCUCUCCGCCCACCCGGGGCGCGGCGCGCACACAAUACAAACACACAACACACACACACACUUCCAAGGCCACAAAGUCACGCAAGCAUCUAGAUCUGGGGGGAAGUCUUCCUAUGCCAUCAAGACGGGUUUCCGGCGUUGUCUGUGGGGAACGAGGGUUCCCUAUUUUUACUCUUCCCGGUGUACAUGUACACAGAAUGACAUCUAUCUGCGCAUGCCUUGCAUGAAUGAGGUACGUUUUCAGAUAUGUUUGGACGGCAUGUGCAUGGUAGAAACGUGCGCGUAGGCUUGGUUCAUCCCUGAGUCGGAUGUAUUCAUAAACAAGCGUGGUUUGAACAAAGCUAGGUAUCGCAAGAUGCCCUUCGUCCGGCCCGUGACGCCCCGUGCCUCGAGUGAUUUCGCCGUUAUCAAAUGCUACUACUACUACUGCUACUACUACUGCUACUACUCCAUGAG